UAUGAAUGGGUAAAAAAGCUGCAGGGGCCUACGUAAAGAAGUUAUGUUCGCCACUAAGGUGAUAUUAACUAAUAAUUUUUAGAUAAACAUUUGGGUAUUUUAUAUGUACAUAUAUCCCUAGUCCUAGAGACAAACCACUCACUCAUCAUAACCUCAGGUUUACUCUCUUCUCUCCAUUACCAUAGUCAGAUUUAUAAAGCCUAUAAAGAGUAGUACUAGUGAGAGCAGGUACGGUAUACGAUCAUUAUCCCAAGAGACUAAAUCUCAUUCAAAUCACGUACGAAAAAGGCUCAUUUGUCACCUCUUUGCUCUUUCCUUGCCUCUCUUUAUAUUAUUUCUUCUGGAUAAAACCAUGUCAAGAAUACACCCAGCUGAUGAGAAUAAAAAAUAUUUCCAGAACUUGUUAUCAAAUCAAGAUCAUCAUAAUAAUCAUGUUGAUAAUUAUAAUGAUCAUCAUCACCAACGGCGCUCAGUGCUCACCGUAUGGAAGAAGUCAAGUAUGAGUUUCCAGGGGACUGAUGGCUUUACUGUGUUCAACAACCAUGGCAGAUUGGUUUUCCGAGUUGAUAACUAUUCCAGGAAAAACUCUUACGUUAAAGGAGGCCUUGUUCUCAUGGAUGGAACUGGCAAACCAUUGCUUACUCUCAAACCUCAGGUAUUUAGCAUCCAAUACCAAUGGAAUGCAUACAAAGGAUCAGAAGAGAGCAGUCCAACAAAAUCUAGCAAAGUUUUCUCAAUGAGAAGCAAGUCAUCACUACUUUUUACAAACAUGGACAAAAACGCAGAAGCAGAAGUAUUUUUUGAAAGAAGAGAUGAUGAUCAAGAUCAAGAUCAAGAUCAGAAAAAUAGCCAACAAAAUCCCGAUUUCAGAAUCGAAGGGUGCUUUUGGAGGCGCAACUGCAAGAUCAGGAACAGAAAUGGGGAAGUGGUAGCUCACAUAGCCAGGAAGAAAGUAAACGAUAGAGUGUUGCUGGGCGACGACGUUUUCAGCCUUGUCGUUCAACCGGGAGUUGAUGCCAAGUUAAUUAUGUCGUUUGUAAUUAUAUUGGAUCGUAUUUGUGGGAAGCCCUAUGCCCCAGUUUUAUGUUCUUAGAUUAUUAAUUUAUCAUGUAUAAUAUUAUAUGUAAUUAAUAAUUAAAAAAAAGGAGCACAGCAUGCACCCACUAGCCACUAAACAAUACUCAAUUCCAAUCUCAUCAUCACUUCCCUCCACUUACGGGAAAGAUGGCUAGAUAGGGGUGGGUCGUUAAUCUUUUUUUUCUUUUUUUAAUUUAAUUUGAGCAGAUUGACUACUUGCAUUUGUGAUUUAAAAAAUAUACGAAAGAGUUUGUCUCAAAGUUUUUAUC